AUGGGUGGCUCGUGGAGGAGGAAUGGUUCGUUCAUUGUGCUAGCAAUUGUUUUCUUUGUUCCUCCAAGCAGCUGCUACAGCCAUCGGAAGCCAGAAUUACAGUCAGCCACCGCAGUCUGUCUACGAGCAAAUUCUAUUGCAAAAGAGGAAGCCACUAAAUCGGGAACAGUUAAAUUGGGAACAGUUAUUGGCAUAGACCUUGGUACAACCCAUUCCUGUGUUGGUGUUUAUAAGAAUGGACAUGUCGAAAUCAUAGCUAAUGACCAAGGACACCGAAUUACCCCAUCAUGGGUUGCAUUCACCGACACUGAAAGAUUGAUUGGUGAGGCUGCAAAGAACCAGGCAGCUGUCAACCCCGAGAGGAUUAUCUUUGAUGUUAAAAGACUCAUUGGAAGAAGGUUUGAGGACAAGGAAGUUCAGAAGGAUAUGAAGCUUGUUCCUUACAGAAUCGUGAACAAGGAUGGAAAGCCUUAUAUCCAAGUCAAAAUUAUGGAUGGCGAGACUAAAAUCUUCAGCCCUGAGGAAAUCAGUGCUAUGAUUUUAGGAAAGAUGAAAGAAACAGCAGAAGCAUUCCUUGGGAAGACAAUUAAGGAUGCUGUUGUAACAGUUCCUGCAUACUUCAAUGAUGCCCAGAGGCAGGCCACCAAGGAUGCUGGUGUAAUUGCUGGCUUGAACGUGGCAAGGAUUAUCAAUGAACCAACAGCAGCAGCAAUUGCCUAUGGUUUGGACAAGAAAGGUGGUGAGAAGAACAUCCUUGUCUUUGACCUUGGUGGUGGAACCUUUGAUGUCAGUAUCUUGACCAUCAACAAUGGUGUCUUUGAGGUGCUUGCCACUAAUGGAGACACCCAUCUUGGAGGAGAGGAUUUUGAUCACAGAAUUAUGGAAUACUUUAUCAAGCUGAUCAAGAAAAAGCACGGAAAGGACAUCAGCAAUGAUAACAGAGCUCUUGGGAAGCUAAGGAGAGAAUGUGAACGUGCUAAAAGAGCCCUGAGCAGCCAGCACCAUGUCCAUGUUGAAAUUGAAUCAUUUUUUGAUGGUAUCGAUUUCUCUGAACCAUUGACCCGUUCCAGAUUUGAGAAGUUGAACAACGACCUCUUCAGAAAGUCCAUGGGACCUGUGAAGAAAGCCAUCGAAGAUGCCGGUUUGGAGAAAAACCAGAUUGAUGAAAUUGUCCUUGUUGGUGGAAGCACCAGGAUCCCUAAAGUUCAGCAGCUCCUCAAGGAUUAUUUCGAUGGGAAGGAGCCCAACAGGGGUGUGAACCCAGAUGAGGUUGUUGCUUAUGGUGCUGCAAUCCAAGGAAGUAUUCUAAGUGGAGAGGGUGAAGAAGUAACAACAGACUUUCUUGUCUAUCUGGCACCACUCGCCAUUGGUAUCGAAAAUGUGGGUGGAGUUAUGACUAAGUUGAUUCUGAGGAACAAUGAUAUCCCAACCAAGAAGUCCCAAGUUUUCACCACUUGCCAAGAUCAGCAAACUACUGUCUCUAUUCAGGUUUUUGAAGGAGAAAGGAGUCUUACAAAAGACUGCAGGCUGCUUGGAAAGUUUGAUCUCACCGGCAUACCUCCUGCACCGAGGGGAACCCCUCAAAUUGAGGUGACGUUCGAAGUUGAUGGCUACGGUACUUUGAUCGUCAAGGCAGAAGACAAGGGCACUGGUAAAUCAGAGAAGAUUACCAUAACAGAGGAGAACGAUCGAUAUAGCCAAGAGGACGUCGAGAAAAUGGUUCGUGAAGCAGAGGAGUUCGCUGAGGAAGACAAGAAGGUGAAGGAAAGAAUUGAUGCUCGUAACAGUCUCGAGACAUACAUUUGCAGCAUGAAGAACCAAAUCAAUGACAAGGACAAGCUCGAGUCUGACGAGAAGGAGAAGAUCGAUACUACUACAAAGGAGGCCCUCGAGUGGUUAGACUUCAAACAAAACGCAGAGAAAGAGGACUACGAAGAGAAGCGUAAGGAGGUGGAAGCCGCAUGUAACCCAAUCAUCACAGCCGUCUAUCAAAGAUCUGGAGCUCCUGGUGAAUCCUCUUCAGAAGAUGACAACUCCCAUAAUAUAUUUUAG